AUGGCAAUAGCAGAUCUACUGGUCAUUAUCACAGAGGUCAUACUGAAUCAGAUCAACGCACAUUAUUUCCCAGUGUGUUUUUUGGACAUCACACCAAUCUGUAGUCUUCGCAAGGUCCUGCAACGUGGAGCCAUAGACUGUUCUGUAUGGUUUACAAUCAUUUUCUCUUUUGACAGAUUUGUAGCUAUUUGUUGCCAGACGUUGAAAACAAAAUAUUGCACUGAAAAAGCUGCAGCUGUGGUUCUUGCAACAACAAGCAUCGUGCUGCUAUUAAAAAACAUUCCAUUCUAUUUCACUCAGGAACCCGAAGAGAUCGUCAACAAUGUACCAUGGAGAUGCAUCGAUAAGGAAACAUUCUAUACCGAAGUUGGCUGGAUGGGAUUUGCUUGGUUUGAUAGGAUUAUGACACCAUUGGUUCCAUUUGCUUUAAUUCUGCUGUUCAAUGCUCUAACAAUCAGGCACAUUAUAACUGUCAGUCAGGUUCGUAAGGAACUGAGAUGUCAGAGCAAGAGACAGAAUGACAGUGAUUCAGAGAUGGAGAGUAGAAGAAAGUCUAUGAUUUUACUCUUUAGCAUAUCUGGCAGUUUCAUACUUCUAUGGCUGGUGAACGUUAUUGAAUUCUUUUAUUACCAAAUUUUAGGAAUUGAUCGCCUCCGUUACUAUGAUUCUGAAUAUAUAUUUCAACAAGCUGGAAUUAUGUUGAGAAAUUUAAGUUGCUGUACAAACACCUUCAUUUAUGCGGCAACUCAGUCCAAAUUCAGAGCGAAGUUCACCAAUGCAGUGAAAUAUUUGAUGUCAUAA